AAAAGGAACGCAGGUUGAGGAAGGAACUCUUCUCUAUGCACCCUUUUCCCCUUAUUAUAUUAACAAAACAAAUAAAAAAUGAAAGAAUAAGUAUCCGCCCUUCUUCUAUCUCCUCUCCGUUCAGUCUUUUCACCAUCAGGAAGUAAGAGCAGAGGGAAACAGAGACGAGAGGUGCAGUUGCAUUAGGGUUUGCAGAGAGAGACGCCUUUGGCCAUGGCUUUUUCUUAGCCCCAGAGACACAGAGAAAUGGCUGUAAGCUUUGCUUAUCCCCUUUUGCUGACCCUAAUUCUCUCUCAAUCCCUUCACUCGUGGCCUCCCGCUGAAGCCAUUAGACCCUCUUAUUUUCCGGCGCCGUAUCUCUCAAAAUUCCGGCAGGCACCUUUCUUCAUUAACGACGGCAAGUGUCCCGUCUCCGGCCAAAAAUCGCCAGGAAUAUGGAACCCUUCUCUUAUCCACAUUGCCCUAACCCUAGACACCGCCUACCUCCGGGGCUCGAUCGCGGCCGUCCACUCCGCCCUCUUCCACGCCGGAUGCCCCGAGAACCUCUUCUUUCAUUUUCUCGUCGCCGAAACUUCGCCCCCCGAAAUUUCGCCAUCCUUCGUGAAAGCCCUCUUCCCGACCCUAAAUUUCAAGUUCUACCCCUUCUCCCCAAAAAUCGUCAAGGACCUCAUUUCCUCGUCCGUACGCCAGGCCCUGGAGCAGCCAUUGAAUUACGCGCGCAAUUACAUCGCCGAUCUUUUGCCGAAUUGCGUGCGCCGAGUCAUUUAUCUGGACUCUGACCUCGUCCUGGUGGAUGACGUGGACAAGCUAUGGCGGGCCCCGCUGGCCGGGAAAGCCAUAGGCGCCCCGGAAUACUGCCACGUCAACUUCACCAAGUAUUUCACGCCGUCGUUUUGGUCGGAAAAACGAUUUUCCGGCGUCUUCAGGGACCGCAACGCCUGUUAUUUCAAUACGGGCGUUAUGGUGAUCGAUCUGGACAAGUGGAGGCGUGAUGGUUACACGUGGCAGAUCGAACGGUGGAUGAGGGUCCAGAAGGAGAAGAGGAUCUAUGAGCUCGGAUCUUUGCCCCCGUUUUUACUGGUAUUCGCCGGAAAAAUCGAGGGCAUUGAGCACCGGUGGAACCAGCAUGGGCUGGGUGGGGACAGGGUGACCGGCAGCUGCCGGGAUCUUCAUCCGGGCCCGGUUAGCCUCCUGCAUUGGAGCGGGAGUGGGAAGCCUUGGCAACGGUUAGAUGCCGGUAACCCUUGCCCUCUUGACCGCCUGUGGGCGCCUUACGACCUGUACGGGCCCUCGAGGCCGUACAGUCUCCGUGAUCAUUGAAGUUGUGGGUUGGAAUGGACUGUUUAUGUGCUGUGCUUGUUCUUUUAUUAUUUGGCUUGUAUGAAAUGGAAUGGCGUCGCUGUCAUCACUGUAAAUGCUUUCUA